UGACGUGUCCUUUCCUUCCCACUACACCUCCCGACACCACCUACUCCAUCUGCCCCGGAAGUCCCGCCCCAUAUUUCGCCCAUCACCGCAAAUCAGCUCUUUCAGCGCUUCCUGGAGCUCCCCAUCCGUUUGGGCACUAAGGGGCGGGGCUUCGUGAGUCGGGUGUCCAUUGGCUUGAGGGCCAGCAGGCUCCGGGCGCUCAUUGGCUAGAGGGCGGUGGCGCUCUGGCACGCUUGCGCGUCGAGUAGAACGUGUGGCGGCGGCGGAGAUCGCGUCUUCUCUUUCGCUCCCAGUGCCGCUGCUGCUCCUGUGAGCGUCCAGCGCGUCCGUCCCGUCCAUCGUCCGCAGCUGGUCGCCAGCCCUUCUCUCGCCUGGCGGCCUCUCGGUGACACCGACAUCCACAUUGACACCUUCAGCCCGGCCGGCCGCUCCGCUCGCUGCCUUUGCAUCUCCACACAUGGCCUCCUCCGCGCAGAGCGGCGGCUCCUCCGGGGGACCCCCGGUCCCCACCGUGCAGCGGGGCAUCGUCAAGAUGGUUCUCUCAGGGUGUGCCAUCAUUGUCCGAGGGCAGCCUCGUGGCGGACCUCCUCCCGAGCGGCAGAUCAACCUCAGCAACAUUCGUGCUGGAAAUCUUGCCCGCCGGGCGGCUGCCACACAGCCUGAUGCAAAAGAUACUCCUGACGAGCCCUGGGCAUUUCCUGCUCGAGAAUUUCUUCGAAAGAAGCUGAUUGGAAAGGAAGUCUGUUUCACGAUAGAAAACAAGACUCCCCAGGGCCGAGAGUAUGGUAUGAUCUACCUUGGAAAAGAUACCAAUGGGGAAAACAUUGCAGAAUCUCUGGUUGCAGAGGGCUUAGCCACCCGGAGAGAAGGCAUGAGAGCUAAUAAUCCUGAGCAAAACCGGCUUUCAGAAUGUGAGGAACAAGCAAAGGCAGCUAAGAAAGGGAUGUGGAGUGAGGGGAACGGUUCACAUACAAUACGGGACCUCAAGUACACCAUUGAGAACCCAAGGCACUUUGUGGACUCACACCACCAGAAGCCUGUGAAUGCUAUCAUCGAACAUGUGCGGGAUGGCAGUGUGGUUAGGGCCCUGCUCCUUCCAGAUUACUACCUGGUUACCGUCAUGCUGUCAGGGAUCAAGUGCCCAACUUUUCGACGGGAAGCAGAUGGCAGUGAAACACCAGAGCCUUUUGCUGCAGAAGCCAAAUUUUUCACCGAGUCGCGACUGCUUCAAAGAGAUGUUCAGAUCAUUCUGGAGAGCUGCCACAACCAGAACAUUCUGGGUACCAUCCUUCAUCCAAAUGGCAACAUCACAGAGCUCCUCCUGAAGGAAGGUUUUGCACGCUGUGUGGAUUGGUCAAUUGCAGUGUACACUCGGGGUGCAGAAAAGCUGAGGGGAGCUGAGAGGUUUGCCAAGGAGCGCAGGCUGCGAAUAUGGAGAGACUAUGUGGCUCCCACUGCUAAUUUGGACCAAAAGGACAAGCAAUUUGUUGCCAAGGUGAUGCAGGUCCUGAAUGCGGAUGCCAUUGUUGUGAAACUGAACUCCGGAGACUACAAGACAAUCCACCUGUCCAGCAUCCGACCACCAAGACUGGAAGGAGAGAAUACCCAGGAUAAGAACAAGAAACUACGUCCCUUGUAUGACAUUCCCUACAUGUUUGAGGCCCGGGAAUUUCUGCGAAAAAAGCUUAUUGGGAAGAAGGUCAAUGUGACGGUGGACUACAUUAGACCAGCCAGUCUAGCCACAGAGACGGUGCCUGCCUUUUCAGAGCGUACCUGUGCCACUGUCACCAUUGGAGGAAUAAACAUCGCUGAGGCUCUUGUCAGCAAGGGUCUAGCCACAGUGAUCAGAUACCGGCAGGAUGAUGACCAGAGAUCCUCACACUAUGAUGAACUGCUUGCUGCAGAGGCCAGAGCUAUUAAGAAUGGCAAAGGACUGCAUAGCAAGAAGGAAGUGCCUAUCCACCGCGUCGCAGACAUAUCUGGGGAUACCCAGAAAGCAAAGCAGUUUCUGCCCUUUCUUCAGCGGGCUGGUCGUUCAGAAGCUGUAGUGGAAUACGUCUUCAGUGGUUCUCGUCUCAAACUCUAUUUGCCAAAGGAAACUUGCCUUAUCACCUUCUUGCUUGCAGGCAUCGAAUGCCCCAGAGGAGCCCGAAACCUCCCAGGCAUGGUGCAGGAAGGAGAGCCCUUCAGCGAGGAAGCCACACUCUUCACCAAGGAACUGGUGCUGCAGCGAGAGGUAGGACAUCUUCCUGUUGCUUCUUUUGUCUUGAGGACUGUUUUUUUUCACUCACCCCACAAGGAUCUAGAACCGGAGAACAGUCUGGGGCUUGGUUGUCCUGGAUGCAGAGGCGCUUCCCGCCCUGAGUGGAAGUCCCAAGAGGUGCCCGAAUGCCAAGUGUGGGCCCACGGCUUCCCCCUCAUGCAGCACUUACCUUCCGGAAGCCUCUGCUGUGCCACGGUGCACUCCAGGAACUCUUCUGGAACUGAGCCGCUGUGGGCUGGCCACAGCUGA